AUGCUUGGACUUGCUCUAUCAGCCCUAUUCGACGUACUCCCAUGGACUACGGCCGCUGUGAGUAACUGCCCUGCACAAAGCUGCAAAGGCGUGGGAAUCUUCGAAAUUGCUGCAAUUAUCAUUAAUAUGGGGGUGAACGCAGUUGUUGCAUCUUUGGUUGUUCGAGCCAUCAGCGAAGGAAACCGGAUACUAUUCACUAUCACACUGGCACUCGGCGUGACGCCAAUUGUGGCCAACUUGUAUAGCAAUGUUGCGCAGUCGUUCGCUGUCGAUGAUGACAUAUGUGUGGCAUUUGGGCCGGUUUAUGUAGCAUGUAAGCCAGCAGAAAGUUUGGCCCGUCUUGCUAUUGACUGUCCUCCAGUGGAUGUUGUUACUCGUAUAUGCGCUACUGGAUGCGAUCUAAUGGCGGUUUUCACUGCGUGGAAGUACCUCCAUCAUCCUAUCCGGCAUUCUUACAAGAGCAUCGUCCAACCGCGCAUCAAACUCGCUAAUCUCGUCCUGAGGGAUGGCAAGAACAAUAUAUUUUGCGUGGUGUUGGCCCUUUUCAACGUCGUGAGCGGCAUCUGCAACUUCUACUAUUACAGCAGUCUAUGGGCUUCUAUGAGCCUGCUUCCUAUGCUACUGUUCCCGAUGUCAUCCAUUGUGAUGUCACGUUUGUUACUGCACAUCUGGGAGAUUGUAUCCAAGAGCGGAUACUAUGAUACACAGGCUGAGCCGUGGUUAUGGACAUCUACGGAAAGGAUUUCUAGAUCUAUUGCAUUCGCUGCACCCUCCCGCAGGGUGACAUUGGCAUUUGACGAGAGUCAUGGUGUACCACAGCUGGGAUAUAUGAGCGUUUCAAAGGAUUAUGACUCUGACGGAGAAGAUGUAGAGUCGGUGCUCUGGAUUAAAUAA